UUUGGUUUGGAAAAGCAGUAGGGAGAGAACCGGUAAAGCAACCACGCAGAUGUCACUUAGUUCAACUUUCAUAUUUCAGUAACAAAAGUGCCGAGUACGCGUAGUAAAGGACCAAAGUGGUUAACUAAAUUUGAGAUACAAAAAUAAAAUGAAUUACCGUAGUAGCAGACACCUGACGGUAUUAGUCGCAUUGUGUCUGAGCGGAGUGCUAUGGAGUUGUGCCAAUGCUUACCAGAUUGGUGUGGGACGUGCGGAUAGUACGGGCCCACCAGUGGAAAUACAUUUCAUGGGUUACGCCAAUAUUAAACAAGUGGGGCGUGGCCUGCACUUGCGGCAAUUUGCGCGCGCUUUUGUCGUCGAGGAUGAAAACCAUAACCGCGUCGCGUUCGUCUCGGUCGAUGCGGGCAUGAUGGGCUAUGGUGUCAAACGUGAGGUUGUGAAACGCUUGCAAGCGCGCUAUGGCAACAUUUACACGGCGGAUAAUGUCGUUAUCAGCGGCACCCACACUCACAGUGGUCCCGGCGGCUUCCUCAUGCAUCUGCUUUACGAUAUCUCAAUUUUGGGCUUCGUGCCGCAGACUUUCGAAGCGCUUGUGCAGGGUUGCUACUUGAGCAUCAAACGCGCCACCGACAAUAUGGUGGAUGGCAAGAUCUUCCUUUCGAGAACAACAAUUUUAAAUGUGAACAUCAAUCGCUCACCCACCUCCUAUUUGCGCAAUCCCGAGGAAGAGCGCGCACAAUACGAGCAUGACGUGGAUAAAGAGUUGACCCAACUGCGUUUUGUGGAUUCGGACAAUAAUUUAAUAGGCGCUUUCAACUGGUACGCUGUUCAUGCAACAUCGAUGAAUCAUACCAACAAAUUGGUGAGCUCAGAUAAUGUGGGCUAUGCAGCCUUACUCUUGGAGAAGGAAUACAACACGAAUAAAGUGCCCGGGAAGGGGAAAUUUGUUGCCGCCUUUUGCUCGUCAAAUUUAGGUGAUGUGUCACCAAAUAUUAUGGGACCGAAGUGCUCGAUAAGUGGAAAUGAAUGCGAUUUGCUUACUUCAAAGUGCCCGUCAAAGGAAGGGGAAUGUUUUUCAUCAGGACCCGGACGCGAUAUAUUUGAGAGCACAGAAAUUAUAGCAACGCGCUUGGCUGAGGGUGCUUUGCGCCUACUGAAUGAAAACAGUCAAGAGGCUACCAGCCGCGAAAUAGUUGGCGAAUUAUCCUUUAUCCACCAAUUCGUCGAUAUGCCCAACUAUAACGGCACAACUUACAACCCACUUCAACGGAAAAUGGAUAAGAUACGCGGCUGCCAACCUGCGAUGGGUUACAGCUUUGCCGCGGGCACAACAGAUGGACCCGGUGCAUUUAAUUUUGAGCAGGGAACCCUCACUGACAAUGUGAUGUGGAAUGCGGUUAGAGAUUUCAUAGUUCCUCCCACACAAGAGGACAUCAGCUGUCACGCACCGAAGCCCAUACUACUUGCAACUGGAAGGGCAACGUUCCCAUAUGAAUGGCAACCGAAAAUCGUCUCCGCUCAGCUACUAAAAAUUGGUGAUCUGAUAAUUGCUGCUGUGCCCGGGGAACUUACUACAAUGGCUGGGCGACGUUUGCGCAAUAAGAUCAGUGCCGUAGCUGUGGCCACAGGUGGCAAAGAUACAGAAGUGAUCAUCGCUGGGUUGUCAAAUAUGUAUACCAGCUACAUCACAACACCGGAGGAGUAUCAAGCCCAACGCUAUGAAGCUGCUUCUACGAUCUUCGGUCCCAACACGCACACAAUCUACAUGGACGUUUUCGAACAAUUGACCAAGUCCAUGAUACGGAGCGAACAUCUACCACCGGGUCCCGCUCCACCAUAUAUGAACGAUCGCAUGUUAUCGAUGAACACGGGCGUUAUUUUUGAUGGUCAUCCGAUUGGCAAGGAUUUCGGUCACGUCAAGUUGCAACCGCGAAAGGCGUAUCAGAUCAAUGACACCGUCAAAGUUACCUUCAUUGCCGGUAAUCCUCGCAAUAAUCUCUUCCAUGAGAAAACCUACUUUGCUGUGGAGCGAAAGAUCAACGAAGAGCGAUGGAAGGUGGCCUAUACGGAUGCCAGCUGGGAAACGAAAUUCAUUUGGGAACGGGUGCAUUUGAUACUCGGCUUCAGCGACAUCCACAUUCAUUGGAACAUUGGGCCAAACACUCUACCCGGUGAAUAUCGCAUUCGGCACUUCGGCAAUUACAAAUACAUUUUAGGCGGCAUUUUCCCCUAUGAAGGCAUCUCCAACUCAUUCGUGGUGACGGAAGACUAAUAGCCUUGUUCGAUGUACAUACGUAUGUACGUACAUUUGUGCAUGUGAGGUGAGGUGGAAUGAUUGGGAUACUAGUCAGAGACUGCGCUCUUCAGGGUGUUACUGCUUGUCAGCAAAAUGCAAAAUACAUUCAUGCCUAUCAAUUUUCGAAAUGUGUGCGAUGUGUGGUGCAGUGCCAUACAGAUAAUACGUACAUUCACACAUAUGUACAUAUUUAUUUGCUUAUUAUUUAGUUGUGUAUAUAAUAAAAUUAACAGCAACAAAAUGUAGGAAUAAAUGUAUAAAGUACUGUUAUAUUAAACUAUUCAAUGAAUACAAAAUCA